GUCUUCCAUAUUGUGUAAAGUGUUCUUGUAUGUUUAGUCUUUGAUUAUGGCAUCAUACAGUAUUGCCUUUGACAAAGCAGAUAGACUAAGUGCCCAAAAUACAUUAAGGUUGUAUUGCAUAAUUAAUACUUUGUCUAUACCUCUAGCCGAUGCUCAUGCAUAGGAAAUAUCGGUGUACUUAAAACACAUCCAAAAUUGUUUUAUUCUUUCUUCCACUAGAAGUAAAUUGAUCUGGGUUUGUGUUUUGUCUGUUUAUUAUUUUGAUUCAGAUGAUAGGAUAAACCACGUGUUAAAACUUGUAUCAGGCAGCAUCUUAACUGCAAUAGAGCUGUCUGAUAUACCAUUCAGCUUUAUGCGUUCAAAACAGUGGGAAUAGGUGAAUGAUAGCAACACUUUAAAACGACAGCAAUAAUGAUUGGAUUCAUAUUCGUAGGUGUAAAUCAUACUUAUGGACUUUUGGACUUUAUUAUAGAUUUCUUAGUAACUAAAAAUGAAACAGAUUACAAUAAAGAAAUAAAACUGGAUGUGCCUAUUUAUUUACACUCGGAUCAUUUUAUUCUUGUUGUUAUAAUAACAGUGCUUGGAAUUAUUGGAAAUGUACUCACACUCGUGAAGAUUACAUGGAACAAGAAGUUCCAAGGUACUGUAUUUGUUGUUAUAAGAACUAUUAUAUUCACAGAUGUCGUGAAUUUGAUUCUUUACCUCGUUCAUGCCGCAGUUAAGUUUGGGAACUUCCGUCUUGAAAAAGUUCCAUGUGCAACAUUUUUGGUAGCUUUUUAUGGCGUUACUCACACUUUUGCUGCUCACGUGGUUUUCUUGUUUGGACUUAGAUGUUACAUGGUGUCGGAACCGAUAAAAUUCAAUCAGUUACGUAAGCGAAACAUUAUCGUAUCAUCAGCUGCUAUAUGGAUCGUAAGCAUAUUAUUUUCAACAUUAUAUUUUGUGCUACGAUACAAAUCAGGAAUACAAACACCUAUUUCUGUGAUAAUAACCUUUCGUCUUUACCUUAUUAUUGUUCCUGUCCUGCUGAUUAUUAUAUUUCAUGUAAAGAAGAUACAUCGUCUAAAGCGCACAAUAUGCAAGCACCAAAUCGAACACAACAUUAUCAAGAUGUCUCUUGUGACGUCAUUAAUUCUAAUUGUGUACAUGUCAUCAGCUAUUCUUUUCCUUGUGUGCUACAUCUUAUCAUUAUAUAGGUUUGAGGAGACAGAGAAAGAGUUUCUUGUAAUCGCACAACUGGCUUGGUUACUUAAUGCAGUGAUGAGCCCGUUCAUUUAUGUUGUCUCGACGUUGUGUUUUCAUAAAUGUUUUAAAUACUGGAAAACAGUUAUACGCCGCCCGAUGGCAUUUACUCAAGUAAACUGAAGAAAGGAUAAUAUAUCUAUCACCUGUGACUGAAUCCUAUUCUUUUUGAACGAAUAUAACCUUUAAAAAGACCAAAAUAAGCAUUUUUAAAAACUAUUUUUCAUAAUCCCGGUACGUUAAACAAAAUGGAUAGAUGGAUAUAAUAUGUAACGUAGUAUGCCAAAUUUGGUGUCAUUUGCGGUACUCGUUGAACAAUGUAUCGGUACAGGGUACAGUGACAACAUACUAGUAUGUAGAAGUUAUAAAACUGAGCGGAAUUGAGAUAAAGUCUUCGAUCUAGU